UUACGUCAUCGUGCGGGCCACACACUGGAGGUGGACGCCGUCUGUGUUCGCCUCAGCCCCCACUGUGCGCCGCCCGGAAAAAAAGAAAAAAAAAGAAGAAGAAGAAGAAGAAAAAAAAUAAUUUUCCACAACACGAGCUCCGCUGCGGCGAGAGAGCGGCACAAGAGCGGCCGCGUCGUGCAGCGAUGCGCCGGCCCACACCGGAGAAGCCCUGAGCGCAGCGCAGCGCAGCGCAGCGCAGGACCCUGGCAACAAGGCGGUCGGUUUCCUCGUUGAGAGAGAGAGAGAGAGAGAGAAAGAAAACAGUGAUGUCGCAUGACAUGCCUCGAAAAACACAUACUGAAUGAUUGAAGACUGCGGGUGGAGAGGUGACAACAUGGCAGAUAGAAGGCAACUGUUUGUUGAGAUGAGGGCCCAGGAUUUGGAUUCCAUACGUUUAUCAACGUACAGAACAGCCUGCAAACUCCGAUUUGUGCAGAAGAAAUGCAACUUGCAUCUGGUUGAUAUCUGGAAUGUCAUCGAGGCUUUCCGAGAGAACGGGCUCAACACCAUGGAGCUCAAUGCAGAGCUCUCUGUGGCUCGUCUGGAGAUGGUCCUGUCCACCAUUUUUUACCAGCUGAAUAAACGCAUGCCCACCACUCACCAGAUCAACGUGGAGCAGUCCAUCAGCCUGCUGCUCAACUUCCUGCUGGCGGCGUACGACCCGGAGGGCCAUGGCAAGGAAUCUGUCUUUGUUGUGAAAAUGGCCCUGGCAACUAUCUGUGGUGGGAAAAUUCUGGAUAAAUUAAGAUAUAUUUUUUCCCUGAUAUCAGAUUCCUCUGGAAUACUGGUGUACUCACAGUUUGACCAAUUUCUGAGGGAGGCUCUCAAAUUACCGAUGGCGGUUUUUGAGGGACCCUCCUUUGGUUACACAGAACAAGCUGCAAGAACCUGCUUUGCACAGCAGAAAAAGGUCUCCCUCAACACAUUCCUCGAUACGUUGAUGUCAGACCCGCCCCCUCAGUGUAUGGUGUGGUUGCCGCUCAUGCACCGGCUCGCCAACGUGGAGAACGUCUUUCACCCGGUCGAGUGCUCCUACUGCCAUACUGAGAGUAUGAUGGGCUUCCGCUACCGCUGCCAGCAAUGUCAUAAUUACCAGCUCUGUCAGGACUGCUUCUGGAGGGGGCAUGCCAGCGGUUCCCAUAGCAACCAGCACCAAAUGAAGGAGUACACGUCAUGGAAAUCCCCUGCUAAGAAGUUAUCCCGUGCACUCAGCAAGUCGCUGAGCUGUGCAUCCAGCAGAGAGCCACUUCACCCCAUGUUUCUGGAAAUGCCAGAGAAACCUCUCAACCUAGCUCAUAUUGUAGACACAUGGCCACCGAGACCAGUGAACGCCACCAAUGACUACUCACUCUCCCACUCCAUGCCGACGUCAGGGAAUCCUUACUCCACCAAAAACAACAAUAAUGAUGUUGAGCAAAGAAAGCCCUCGACUACAGCCGCUUCUCUCCUGUUGAAAGGCAGAGGGUUGAACUACAACCUCGAUGUUGCUGAUAGACUUGCUGACGAACAUGUUCUGAUUGGCCUCUAUGUGAAUCUGCUCCAAAACAACACCAAAUCAUGUUUGCUAGAGAGCAGCAACCAUCAAGAUGAAGAGCACAGUCUCAUCGCCCGUUAUGCUGCUAGACUGGCUGCUGAUGCUGCGGCUCAACAGCAGCGCAUCCCCACAGACCUCCCCUGCUCUCUGGAUGCCAACAAACAGCAGCGGCAGCUCAUUGCUGAGCUCGAGAGCAAAAACAGAGAAAUCCUGCAGGAAAUCCAGCGGCUGCGCGUCCAGCAUGAGGAGGCCUCCCAGCCGCCUCCUGACAAGGGUCAGCAGAACCCCACUCUGCUGGCUGAGCUACGUCUUCUCAGGCAACGCAAAGAUGAGCUUGAACAAAGAAUGUCUAGUCUGCAGGAGAGUCGCAGGGAACUCAUGGUGCAGCUGGAGCAGCUAAUGAUGCUUCUCAAGCUGGAGGAGAAACGGAAACAAGCCACUCAGGGUCCCGGCUCUCCACGCUCGUCCCCUGGCCACACCAUCAACCGACCGAUCCCCACACCAAUCCACUCGGACUCUGCCGGCACGACCCCCACUCACACACCUCAGGACUCACUCAUGGGCGUGGGAGGGGAUGUACAGGAGGCCUUCGCUCAGGGUCCAAGGAGAAAUCUGAGAAAUGACCUGCUCAUUGCUGCGGACUCCAUCACCAACACGAUGUCGUCACUGGUCAAGGAACUCAAUUCGGAAGGUGGAAGUGAGACUGAGAGCACUGUGGAUUCAGACUAUGGGCGUGGAGACCUGUUAGCCACAAACUCUUCGGAUCCUUUCAUCGCCUAUAGACCAAGGAGGGCCAGGGCUGCAGAGGAGGAGAGCUUUGAGAACGAUCUGGAGCAGCAGCUGGAGGACGAGCUGAAGUUGGACGAGCUAAUGAAGCACAGGCAGGAGCCUGACAAAACGUGCAUGGUGACUCUGCAGCAGUAACCGCGUCAGUCCAUGUGACCGGUGAGCAAUAUGAAAAGCAACAAUAGUAGAAGACACUGGACUGGACGACACUGGGCCGACGGUACACUGAAGGAGUGAAGAAUUUGAAUUGAAAAAAAAUUGCUAAAUCCAACCACAGAAAACAUUUACGUAAAGAUAUAUAUUUUUAACCAACCACAUAUUUAAAGUAAUACUGUGAGCUGAUGUAAAGAGAUUAAUUACUGAGCUGUCUACGAUACCACAGGUGCCAUAAAAAAAACACAUGAUUUGGGGAAUUUGUUCUUAAUUUGUGUCCUUUUUAUAUGAGUUGUCUCGCCAAUGUACAACCGCACUGUUCGUACGGGGUGGCAAAGAUGAUUCCUUCAAAUUCUCGUCUUUCUGAGUUUAAAAAAAAAAAAAAAAGCGAAUCAGGUUUAAUAAUUUGUUUGUCAUCUGCUUUAUUUUAGGAACUUGAGAUUACGUUGGAGCUGAGGUUUUUGAUGAUACCAUCUGCAAUCUUUUGUAAAUGUAUAACUCUGGCCUGGUAGUGAUUUUAUCACUGUUCCAUGGGUUUCUUAAUGUUGCUGUCAAGUGGCUAUUGUAUUGUUUUUUUAGUUUUGACUUGGUUUUGGAGCAGUGCGACUGCUAUUGAUCAGAUGAGUUUGUUUUAUUUGAUACAUUAGUUAUAAUAAUGCACACUGCCAUAGCUGAUUGGAUGGCCUCUUAAAAGAGUUCAUUCCAACUGUCAAUGCAGCAUGUAGCUAACAACACAACCUGCUCUGCAGCAAUGCUCGAUGUGUUCGCUGGAAAAAUGAGAUUAAACUCAUUAAUCUGAUGCUGGGAAGGUCUUUUGGUCUGCAAAUAUGUACACUACAUAUAAGUGGUCAAUUAAACCUAAGUUGUAGAUGGGCUGAGAGUGUCUUAAAACACAAGCUGUAACACAAAGACUUCCAACUGGCUCAUAUUCAAAGGUUUACACUGGUAAGGGCAUUGAACAAAUUGUGUUUAAUAUCAGUGGUUUACGAAUUAAGUUUGAAUUUUAGAUCAUUCGCCAUUGCUUCGUUAGCUUGUGUCAGUGCUCUCACACAAAUCUGUGCAUGACUUGCACACUAAAAUACACACUCGAGAUGUAUUUCCGGAGUGUGCGUGAAAACUUUACUCAGUCACUUUGAAAGAAGAAAAAAAAAAGUGGCAAGCCAAUCUAAAGUCAUAAAUGUGUGAAAUAUAUCUAGUUUGAUUUUUGAGCAAGUUCAUAGCAGUGAUUUUGCAUGGUGGUGAUGCAUAAUAAAGUGUUGACACAAUAUCACAA